CAUACUCACGUGGCAAAGGGGCACGAGAGAGGGCGGGUUUGGCUAGCAGUGUCUAACACUGAGUUUUGUUCCGGGUCAAAAAUGGCGAUGUCCGUAACUCGUGAGUUGUUGCGGCUGUCAGGUUGCUUUUUAUUGCUUUUACUCAUUUUUGUGCGGGAAAGUGACAGCAGCGGAACAGGAGACAACAGCAAGACUGUAGAGUUUGAUGUGCAGCCUGGCGGCGUGGUGCAUAGCUUCUCUCAAAGAUUGGGCGAGUAUACAUGUGUGUUUACCUAUGCAUCUCAGGGAGGAACUAAUGAGAGGUGGCACAUGAGUGUUGGCAUCAGUGAGGAUGAUAUGCUUUUCUCCUGUUCUGUGUGGAGACCUCAAGGUACGUCUUACCUGUUUUUCACCCAGUUUAAAGCUGAAGUGAAAGGAGGGAAAAUUGAAUAUGCAAAUGCUUACUCUCGGGCCACAGGAGCAGGUUCGGGUGAGGUUCCUUUAAAGAGUGAAGAAUUUGAGGUGGGCGAACAUGCAGUAACUCACAGAGAGGGAGCAUUCCAGUCACAGCUCUACAAGGUGCUAAUUGUAGCCAAGACUCCACAUGACGAACUCUGAAUUAAUGGACGGAAGAAACAUUGAAGGACAAAACAACACAGCUGCAGGAGAUGCACUCAAACUGCAUCUUGUUGAUUUUUGGCAUUCUUUCAUAUGAGCUUUAGAAUGGAUGCAUUGAAAUCCAAAAACAGUAAUUAUCAAGGUGUAAGAGAAGUGUAUAAAUGUCUCAGGACAUCAUUUGGUGGUGGUUGAGGUGGUCGAAUCUGUAAUGUCCAGCUGCUGAGUUACUCUGCUGAGGGUCUUUGUGGUUUACCUGUUCCCAAAUCCAUGGUGCUUUUCAAACCAAACUGCUGGAAAUUAAGUCUUUAGGAAAUGUCUUCUAGAUCUUCAACAUGUUGUUACCAAUGAAUGUAUCUUUUAGCUUUUCCCAGAAGUAGGAUUUUCCUGUUUGGUUUCUUCUUUAAUGAUGCCCAUUUAUUAAAAUAGCCCCCUUAAUUUGGUGCAUUUAAAGUUGAAGUCUUUUUUGCAGCUAUGCUUAAGUAACAUACUGGUAAGAAAUGUAUUUGAAUGUUAAAAACACAACAAACGUACAGUAGUUUCAGGAAAAGUUUGCAGAAGUCAUAUUGCAAAAAGCUGUAGUUUUAAUUGCAUCUUUUAAGAUAUUCAUGUGCUACUCCUGGUGGUUAUACUGUUACUACUGUUGUGUUUCCUGCAGAUUCCACUUCAAGCAUAUCUGAACAGUGAAGCUGUCUAAAUUGUGCAAUAAACGCAGAAUACUAAUGAAGGAAUUAUGCCCCAUUGUGUAUUCAUAACUGUAUUUGCAUUACAGAAAAUGAGAUUAAAUGAUAGGAAGAUAUUUUUGUUCUCUAUAUUAUGAAGCACAAGUCUCUCUCCCUGUCAGAUUCUUCUCUGUGGGAAUAAUUCAUUUAUCUCAGGCAGAUUUUAAGGAGCAAUGGAAGAGGGUUGUCUUGUUGGAGAAAGUUUGCAAUAUGACUUCUGCAAACUUUAUGUGAAGCUCACUGCUUUGCUUGGGAAGCAGACAAUGAAACUGUACAUACCUGGCAAAUUGUUCAAGAACUGGUUUACGUGCAGGAGAUGGUUCAAUGCUUCUUUGAUUCUCUAUUAUUUUUCUGUAGUAUUUGCCUUCUUGAUGUGAGUUAUCUCUGACUGCUUGCCACUGCUGUAUCUUUUUGGAUGAAAGCUAUCAUCAUCAGUUCUUGCCUCAGUCAUAUAGACCCCCUCCCGCAGGUGUAUUGUAUUGCAUGUGGUGGACAUUGGGGUUCUCCUCGUUUGAAGAACAUAGCCCUUAGAACUCCCUGUAUUACAAUGAAAGAAGGUGAAAGCUUGCUAUUACUUGGUUUUGGGAGCUAUGAUUUCUGCAGUGGCGAUCAUCAUUUUGUCAAACAUGGAGGCUUGUUGCCUAAGUCCUCAUGAUUUUGGGCCACAUUUCUGCAGGAGGCUGCUGUUUGUUCAGGGCCAUGAUCUGUUACAUAGUAUCUUGUUAACGUUUUGCCAGUUGGAUAGCUUACUUUUAAGUGAAAGUAGCCUAAGCAUCUGACCUCCAGUAUUUUUUGAAGAGUGCUACCUUGAUGUCUUUCCUCACUGUGUGUUUCAGUGAAAUUCCAUCCUUGAAAUUAUGUUUCCACUGUUGGGCACAUAUUCUGCACCACUAAGUGGUUUGAAGUUAUUUCUACAUCUUUGAUGGCAUUGAUUGGAAGUUUUGUGUAAUUGUUUUCCUUGUUAAAUAUAUUCUGAUACAGGUACACAGUGAGACCUGAAAGGAAAAACACUUGAGAAACCUGAAAUCAGAACCCGUUAUCUGUCCAUGCAGUAAAACUAAGUAUGAUAUUUUUAGCUGUAAUUUUUGUGUUUGUUUUGUAACUCAGAAUGAGUUUCAUAUUUUAGUUAUUUUAAUUUCUAGUUUUAUUUUAUUGAUGAGAAAGAUCUGUUAGCCACCAAGUACCUAUGGGCAUGGAUGACCUAAGAAUGCUGGAGUUGAUGCUAAAAGAUAAAAUAUAUGGUGGAUCGAAUUUAUUUUUUAAGCUUCUUACUUUAAUUUAUAAAUGUUGCUGUCUCCUGUUAGUUUUUCAUAGUACUGACACUGACAUUGUUAGAACAACAGCUGCACAAAGAAAAUUCUGCCACAGACUGUUUUGCAGUUGUGCUUUAGCUGCAGAUUCCUUAUAAAUGUUUUGCUGUUCUGGGUGCAGUAUGAAAUUAUACUGUAAUACAAAUAAAAUUGUCGCAGUAUAUUA